UGGCAUCCUCCGAUGAGAGGCCGGGCGGUUCCGGACCGCCCCAGUCGCUCGCCCAGGUGAGGGGACGGGACCGGGUUCGGUUGGUCAGCACUUUGUCCAGUGUCUCGGGACCUCAGGCGGGUCGGAGGUGGGGAGGUUUGGCUUCAUCUCAGCUGCCUGCUGUGGUGUCGACACAUUCGCCGCCUUUUGCUCUCCCUACCUGCAGCACCAGGACCUGAGACCGGUGUCGUAGGUUUGUUAAGAUGAAACACUGCAGAUGGGCCUUCUGAAGAUAAGGAGAAGGAAAAACAACAUUGAAGACUCUGGGAAUAAAAACAGACCUUUAGAUGCUGCUCUGGAAAAACUUCAAUAAUGGAUCAAAGGAAGAAUGACAGUAUUGUUCCUAGUAUCACCCAAUUAGAAGAUUUUCUUACAGAACACAAUUCUAAUGUUGUGUGGCUCCUCGUUGCUACCAUUUUGUCCUGUGGAUGGAUUAUUUAUCUCACAUAUUAUAAUUCUCGGAAUGUUGGUCUUAUUUUAACCUUGGUUGUCAACAGAUUAUACAAACAUGGCUAUAUCCAUAUUGGCUCCUUCUCUUUCUCUGUUCUUUCUGGAAAAAUCAUGGUUCGUGAAAUCUAUUACAUUACAGAAGACAUGUCUAUUAGAAUUCAAGAUGGAUUUAUAAUUUUUCGGUGGUGGAAAAUGUAUAACCCAAAGCAGAAGCAGCAUGAUCCAAAGGCGGAAACGAGAUUAUACAUCACAGUUAAUGACUUUGAGUUUCAUGUCUAUAAUCGUUCGGAUCUUUAUGGACGUCUUCAAGAAUUAUUUGGUUUGGAGCCAACAAUAAUCCCCCCCAAGAAAGAGGAUGAUAAAACACGGGAAAAUGGAAGAACAGGAACCCAGUCCAACAUUGAAAGAGUUAAAGUAAAAACAGAAUCUCAGGACCCCACAUCUUCAUGGAGAUCGCUUAUUCCAGUUAUAAAGGUCAACGUGAGCACAGGUCGCCUGGCCUUUGGAAAUCAUUACCAACCUCAAACUCUGUGUAUCAACUUUGAUGAUGCUUUUUUAACUUAUACUACAAAACCACCUUCCAGUCACCUUGACCAAUUCAUGCAUAUUGUGAAAGGAAAGCUUGAAAAUGUUCGAGUCAUGCUUGUUCCUAGUCCAAGAUAUGUUGGUCUUCAAAAUGAUGAGCCACCGAGGUUAAUGGGAGAAGGCUUUGUGGUGAUGCAGUCAAAUGAUGUUGACAUCUACUACUACAUGGACGAGCCAGGACUUGUACCAGAAGAAACAGAAGAAAAUAUUGAAGGAGAAUUGAGUAGUGAGGAUUGCAAAUUACAAGAUUUGCCUCCGUGUUGGGGACUUGAUAUAGUUUGUGGUAAAGGAACAGAUUUCAACUAUGGGCCAUGGGCCGAUAGACAGAGAGAUUGUUUAUGGAAGUUUUUCUUCCCACCUGAUUAUCAAGUUCUGAAAGUUUCUGAAAUUGCACAGCCAGGGAGACCAAGACAGAUCCUUGCCUUUGAACUGCGAAUGAAUAUUAUUGCAGAUGCUACAAUUGACUUGCUGUUUACCAAAAAUAGGGAAACAAAUGCUGUGCAUGUCAAUGUUGGUGCUGGCUCCUAUUUGGAGAUCAAUAUUCCCAUGACAGUCGAGGAAAAUGGUUACACUCCUGCAAUUAAAGGACAACUGUUACAUGUUGAUGCCACUACCAGCAUGCAGUACCGGACCCUGUUAGAAGCAGAAAUGCUAGCAUUCCACAUCAUUGCCAGCUACCCCCGAGUAUGGAACAUGCCCCAGACGUGGCAGUGUGAAUUAGAGGUGUAUAAAGCCACCUACCACUUCAUCUUUGCACAGAAGAACUUCUUCACAGAUUUAAUUCAAGACUGGUCUAGUGAUAAUGCUCCAGAUAUUUUUUCAUUUGUUCCAUAUACAUGGAAUUUUAAAAUCAUGUUUCAUCAAUUUGAAAUGAUUUGGGCUGCUAAUCAACACAACUGGAUCGACUGUUCCACUAAACAACAGGAAAAUGUAUAUCUGGCAGCCUGUGGAGAAACACUAAAUAUUGAUUUCUCUUUGCCGUUUACCGACUUCGUUCCAGUUACAUGUAAUACCAAGUUCUCCCUAAGAGGAGAAGAUGUUGAUCUUCAUCUGUUUCUACCAGAUUGUCACCCUAGUAAAUAUUCAUUAUUUAUGCUGGUAAAGAAUUGCCACCCAAAUAAAAUGACUCAUGACACUGGUCUUCCUGCUGAGUGUCAGAGCAGCCAGAAAACAGUUAAACCCAAAUGGCGGAACCUUACUCAAGAAAAGGCUGGUUGGGUUGAAUGUUGGACUGUCCCAAGUGUCAUGCUUACAAUCGAUUAUACAUGGCAUCCAGUUUACCCACAGAAAGCAGAUGAGCAGUUAAAACAAUCAUUGUCAGAAAUGGAAGAAACAAUGCUGUCUGUGUUGAGGCCAUCCCAGAAGACAUCAGACCGAGUCAUUUCUUCUCCCUCUACUUCUUCCCGCCCACCUGUUGACCCCUCCGAGCUGCCACCUGAUAAACUGCAUGUGGAGAUGGAACUUUCCCCAGACUCUCAGAUAACUCUCUAUGGACCGCUAUUAAAUGCUUUUUUUUGUAUAAAGGAAAACUAUUUUGGGGAAGAUGACAUGUAUAUGGAUUUUGAAGAGGUUAUUUCAAGUCCGGUUCUGUCCCUGUCAACGUCAUCCAGCUCUGGAUGGACUGCAGUCGGAAUGGAAGGUGAUAGAAAGGAAAACGAAAGUUCAGCCAAGUCAAUUCAUCCUCUGUCCUUGCGUCCUUGGGAUAUUACCGUGCUUGUGAAUUUGUACAAAGUUCAUGGGCGUCUGCCUAUUCACGGAACUGCCGAUGGUCCUGAGUGUCCCACAGCUUUCUUGGAAAGACUGUGUUUUGAAAUGAAAAAAGGAUUUAGGGAGACCAUGCUGCAGCUUGUGCUGUCACCCCUGAGUGUGUUCGUCAGUGACAACUAUCAGCAGCGACCCCCUGUAGAUGACGCACUCAAGGAAGGUCAUAUCAAUCUGUCCGGUCUCCAGCUGAGAGCACAUGCCAUGUUCUCAGCAGAAGGUCUUCCUUUGGGAAGCGAUUCCCUAGAAUAUGCAUGGCUAAUUGACGUGCAGGCUGGAAGCCUCACAGCUAAGGUCACGGCACCACAGCUGGCUAGUCUCUUGGAGUGGGGGCAGACAUUUGUUUUUCAUGUGGUGUGUCGGGAGUAUGAACUGGAAAGACCCAAGUCAGUAAUAACAUGUCAACAUGGACUUGAUCGUCGGUUCUGCGAAUCCAAGUUGAGUUGUAUUCCUGGCCCCUGUCCAGCUUCAAAUGAUUUGAAAUACACCAUGACUCGUUUAGCGGUAGAUGGAGCUGAUAUUUAUAUUGUGGAGCAUGGCUGUGCUACAAAUAUAAAGAUGGGGGCAAUCCGGGUUGCAAAUUGUAAUCUCCACAACCAGUCGGUUGGGGAAGGGAUAAGCGCAGCAAUUCAGGACUUCCAAGUGAGACAGUACAUCGAACAGAUGAAUAAUCCCAGAGCUGGGCUCCAGCCUGCGAUUCUGCGGAGGGCCUACUGGCUAGAAGCUGGCUCGGCCACCUUAGGACUAAUCACUGUUGAUAUUGCACUGGCAGCUGAUCAUCAUUCUAAACAUGAGGCACAGAGACAUUUCUUAGAAACUCACGAUGCCAGAACUAAGAGGCUGUGGUUUUUGUGGCCUGAUGACACCCUGAGGAAUAAGAGGUGCAGGCACAAGUGUGGCUGUCUCGGUGGCUGCAGAUUCUUUGGUGGCACAGUGACUGGCCUAGAUUUCUUCAGGCUUGAAGAGUUGACACCAUCCAGUAGCUCUGCAUUUUCAAGCACGAGUGCAGAGUCGGACAUGUACUACGGACAGUCUCUGUUGCAGCCUGGGGAGUGGAUUAUUACCAAGGAAAUUCCCAAAAUGGUAGACGUUGGUGUAGGUCAUGUGAACAGCAUGAAGAGGAAAGAAUGGGAGAACAAAUCAGGAGGAAUGGAAGUGGAGAGAAAGACUCAGCACCUGAGCCUGCAGGUCCCCAUGCGCUGUCACAGCUCGUCCUCGUCCUCAGAUGACAACAGCAGCUCCAGUGCGGCCCAGCCUUUACUGGCUGCGGACAAGGAAAGCCCCUCUUCUGUGGCUGAUGACCCUGUGCCUCAGAAGGAAUUCCUGCAUGGAAUGAAAAGAGAUGACGGCCCAGUGAGUGUUCCUACAGAAAUUUCAGGAAAUAGCCCCGUGUCUCCUAAUACUCAGGAUAAGUCAGUAGGUCAAUCCCCUCUGCGGUCUCCCUUGAAACGACAAGCCUCUGUAUGUUCCACCCGACUUGGAAGUACCAAGAGCCUGACUGCAGCUUUCUAUGGGGACAAGCAGCCAGUCACAGUUGGAGUCCAGUUUAGUAGUGAUGUCUCCCGAAGUGAUGAGAAUGUACUGGACUCACCAAAGCAGAGAAGAAGUUUCGGUUCCUUUCCAUACACACCAUCAGCAGACUCUAAUUCAUUCCAUCAAUAUCGAUCAAUGGAUUCCAGCAUGUCAAUGGCUGACAGUGAAGCCUACUUUUCUGCCGCUGAAGAAUUUGAGCCUAUUAGCAGUGACGAAGGCCCUGGGACCUAUCCAGGUAGAAAAAAGAAGAAAAAGCAGACCCAGCAGAUUGACUACAGUAGGGGUUCCAUAUAUCACAGUAUCGAGGGACCACUCACUGGCCACGGAGAAAGCAUUCAGGAUCCCCGAACUCUGCCAUUCAAAACUCACCCUUCCCAGGCUUCAUUCGUUUCUGCACUAGGUGGCGAAGAUGAUGUUAUAGAACAUCUGUAUAUUGUAGAGGGUGAGAAAACAGUAGAGAGCGAGCAGAUCACUUCUCAGCAACCAGUGAUGAGUUGCUAUCAGACUUACCUUACUCAGUUCCAGGUGGUUAACUGGUCAGUGAAGCACCCAACCCACAAAAGGACCUCCAAGUCUUCCCUCCAUCGACCCCUUGAUCUGGAUACACCAACCAGUGAAGAAAGUUCAUCAUCAUGUGAACAGUUCUCUGUUCCAACUUUUAAGGUUAUCAAACAGGGGCUCACAGCUAAUUCUUUACUAGACAGAGGAAUGCAACUUUCGGGAUCAACUUCAAAAACACCAUAUACUCCUUUGGAAAAGAGAGCCGUUGACAGCACAGAUGAUGAAACAGUAAAGGAAGAGUGGACCCUGGAUCAGCCCAUCACUCAGACCAGGACAACAGCCAUAGUUGAGGUCAAAGGAACUAUUGACAUUGUUCUGACUCCCCUGGUGGCUGAAGCUUUAGACAGGUAUAUCGAAGCGAUGGUUCAUUAUGCUCACAUCCGCCAUCCAGCUGCAAUUGUGGAUGACCUUCAUGCCAAGGUCCUCAGGGAAGCUAUGCAAAAUAGCAGGACUACCUUCUCAGAAAAUUUAUCUUCCAAACAAGAUGUUAGAGGAACAAAAACUGAGCACACUACCAUAGGAAUGACUAACCAAGGACAAGCACAGACAGAUCUUAUCAUGAAACAAGAUAAUGUGACAAUUAAAGGUCUUCAAGCUAAUGUCAGCAUACCAAAGGUAAACUUAUGUUUGUUACAAGCCUCAGUGGAAGAAUCUCCAAGUACAGCUUCCAGUAGAAGCAUGACUCACAUGUCUCUGGUUGCAUUGUGUUUUGACAGAAUUGCUACACAAGUUCGUAUGAACAGAGGUGUGGUUGAAGAGAUUUCAAACAACACUGAACCUGGUCGGACAUCACAGUUUGAUAGGUAUGUCCACGCCUCUAAAAUGCAGCCACAGUCGUCUGGAUCUCUCAGAUCAAACACCGGAGCAGAAAAAGGCAAAGAAAUUGCUGCCAAGUUAAACAUUCAUCGAGUUCAUGGGCAACUCAGGGGUCUUGAUACAAAAGAUAUCGGCACCUGUGCCAUCACUGCGAUUCCCUUCGAGAAGUCCAAAGUCUUAUUUACUCUGGAAGAGCUGGAUGAGUUUACUUUUGUGGAUGAGACUGACCAGCAAGCUAUUCCGGAUAUAACUCGAAUGGGUCCCAGCCAAGAAAAAUGGGGUUGGAUAAUGUUUGAAUGUGGACUUGAAAAUUUAACCAUAAAAGGAGGAAGACAGUCCGGUGCUGUUUUGUAUAAUACUUUUGGAACGAUGGGCAAAGCUAGUGUCACAGAAGGGGGUGGAGUGCUGACAUCCAAUAAUUCUUCUGAUUCUCCGACCGGCAGUGGCUAUAACACCGACGUCUCUGAUGAUAAUCUUCCUUGUGAUCGAACAAGCCCUUCUUCAGACUUAAAUGGAAAUUCUGUUUCCGAUGAGCAGGAUGAAGGAGUUGAAUCUGAUGAUUUGAAGAAAGAUGUGCCUCUUAUGCCGCCACCUCCCGAUUCCUGCAGCAUGAAGCUGACCAUCCAGGAGAUUUGGUUUAGUUUCGCAGCUCCCACCAACGUGAGGUCUCCCACUCAUGCAUUUUCUAGGCAGCUAAACCUCUUAAGCACUGCGACCCCCGCGGUGGGUGCGUGGCUCGUUCCUGUUGACCAGCUCAAGUCGUCCUUGAACAAAUUGGAAACAGAGGGAACGCUGAGACUCUGUGCUGUGAUGGGAUGCAUCAUGACUGAAGCGCUAGAGAAUAAAAGUAUGCAUUUUCCCCUAAGAAGUAAAUACAACAGACUUACAAAACUGGCUCGCUUUCUCCAAGAAAACCCUUCUUGUUUACUGUGUAAUAUACUCCACCACUACCUGCACCAGGCAAAUUACUCCACCAUCGAGGAUGCUACAAUGGGUGAUGGACUUCCUGCCUUGGUAACCUUAAAGAAAGGGUUAGUUGCCCUGGCAAGGCAGUGGAUGAAGUUCAUUGUGGUGACACCAACCUUUAAAGGAGUCAACUUACAUCGGCCAGCUCAGCCCGUGAAGCCCCAAGCAGCUGUGGACCAUGAACACGAAGAUGGCUUUGGGCUGGACAAUGGAGGUGGUCUUCAAAGUGAUACCAGUGCUGAUGGAGCAGAAUUUGAAUUUGAUGCAGCCACAGUCAGCGAGCACACGAUGCUGCUGGAAGGAACAGCCAGCCGACCUCCCCCCAGCGGCUCUGGGCCUGUGACUGGCGCUGAGAUAAUGAGGAAACUCUCCAAGACUCACACCCACAGUGACUCUGCAUUAAAGAUAAAGGGCAUCCACCCAUACCACUCCCUGAGCUACACCAGUGGAGACACCGCCACGGAUUCUCCAGUGCAUGUGGGCCGUGUUGGGAUGCCAGUGAAGGAGAGUCCACGGAAGGAGAGCCUGCUCAGCUACCUGACUGGGAGCUUCCCAAGCUUGCACAACCUCCUGGAGGGCACUCCUCAAAGGAGCAGUGCAGCUGUGAAAAGUAACUCCCUGACGAGAACAGGAAAUACAGUGGCUACAGAUAUGUUAUCUGAACACCCCUUGCUAUCUGAGCCAUCAUCUGUGAGUUUCUAUAACUGGAUGUCCAAUGCGGUGGGUAAUCGAGGAAGCGUGGUGCAGGAAUCUCCUGUCACAAAGUCAGGGCACAACAGUCUUCCAACAGGUGUUGUGCCCAAUCUUCCCACAAUACCCUCAGCCUCAGAUUUCAACACCAUCUUGUCUAGUGACCAGAACACUCUGGAUGGGACCCCUUCUCAGCACAGUAUGAGUCAGGAUGAUGUGGCAGGUGUAGAAGAAGCCAACCAAGGUUUUCCUGCGGUUCAGCUGGCUGACGCCCAGGUUGUUUUCAAGCCUCUUCUGAGUCACACAGGGAUUCAGUCCCAGGAUGCGAUGCCACUGUGCUACCGCAUGUACUUUGGCGAACACCUUUCAUUUUCAGGGACACUGGACUGUCUCCGAGCAGAUAUCGUGGACUCAGACACAGCCAAGGAGAGAAAAAGCAAAAGGGCAAGAAGGCAAGGUCAUGUGAAUCUUCCUCCACUUGAGUUCAAACCGGCAUUAAUGUUGGAAACCUUUAGCAUCAGUGCAGUCAUGAUGGAAAAGUCUGUGUGCACCCCUCAGAACUCCACCAACGCUCUUUCUUUCCAUGAUCUUAACAAGCGUUACUACAAUACCUUCCACUGCAACUUCACCAUUUCCUGUCAGUCUAUAAGCCAGCACGUGGACAUGGCUUUGGUUCGUCUCAUUCAUCAGUUCAGUACAAUGAUAGAUGACAUCAAAGCGACUCAGACUGACAUUAAACUGAGCAGAUACACAGCUGGAUCAGCUUCGCCAACACCUACCUUUAGAACCAGAAAACAUCGGGAUUUCCGCUCCUCUGACUUCAGCCGCAGUUCCAGAGGAAGUCUUAAUGGUGGCACCAGAGUAAAUAAUGCAAAGAACAAACGGACCAACCCUGAGAAUAACAAAAAGGAAUCUCGAAACAAAAACUCAUUGGGAAGAUCUGAGAGAAGAACCUCCAAAGUGUCUAGGAAAGGCUCCAAGGACGUGGUGGAUCACAUGGCGAUCCCCAUGGAUGACUCUGACUCCAUUACCGUGUCAGAGCAGAGUGAACCCUCUGCCGAGUGCUGGCAGAACAUGUACAAACUGCUGAACUUCUAUUCUCUCAUCUCUGAUCCAACAGGAAUACUGGAAAAAUCUUCAGACGCAUUUGGACCAGCAGGCGUUCGGAGCCCGACAGAGCCAACCUGUAAAGUGGUGUUUGAGAAUGAACAGGACAAUAACAGUGUGACAAAAACGCAGAGGAAGCGCAGCUUGGUGACAGCGGAGCCCCAGCAUGUCACCCUGAUCGUGUUCGGGAUCGGCAUGGUGAACCGCACACACCUGGAGGCGGACAUCGGUGGGCUCACAAUGGAGUCCGAGCUGAAGAGGAUUCAUGGCAGCUUCACACUGAAGGAGAAGAUGAAAGAUGUUUUACAUCAAAAGAUGACUGAGACAUGUGCCACUGCGCAUAUUGGUGGGGUUAAUAUUGUGCUGCUUGAAGGGAUCACACCAAAUAUACAACUGGAGGAUUUUCCUACAUCUCCUACAAGCACAGCCAAACAAGAGUUUCUAACUGUAGUGAAAUGCAGUAUCGCCAAGUCCCAGGCCCUCUACAGUGCCCAGAGAGGGUUGAAGACGAACAACGCUGCUGUGUUCAAAGUCGGAGCUAUCAGCAUCAACAUUCCACAGCACCCCGCCACCUUACAUAGCAUGAUGGUUCGGAGUUCUCACCAGCUGUCGAAGCAGAUCUCAGACCUCAUCAGACAACCUUCUACACUCGCACAGCCUGUAAAAGAAGAUGUUGCAACUCCCCUACCUUCUGAAAAAACGCCAACGAGUGUUAAUCAGACCCCUAUUGAAACAAAUGAAUUUCCUCAGCUGCCGGAAGGCUUAGAAAAGAAGCCUCUGGUCCUGAAGUUCAGCACCAUGUUGGACGGCAUUGCCAUUGGAGCUGCGCUGCUGCCCUCCCUGCGGGCUGAGUACAAGAUGGGCAGGAUGCGGAGCCAUGGGAUGACAGGUGCACAGACCAGGUUUACAUUUGAGCUGCCAAAUCACAGGUUGCGUUUUACUUCAAAAGUUUCUGCCACAGAUAUGUCUACUAUUCCUCCUUCUGCCAGUCUUAACCUGCCUCCUGUUACUAUGUCUGGGAAAUACAUCAUGGAAGAGCAUGAUAGUUAUUCAGAUCAGGUGUGGAGUAUAGAUGAACUGCCUUCGAAACAAGGGUACUUUUUACAGGGAAAUUAUCUACGUUGUGUGGCAGAAGUUGGUUCUUUUGAACAUAAUCUCACAACUGAUCUUCUAAACCACUUGGUGUUUGUCCAGAAAGUGUUCAUGAAGGAAGUUAAUGAAGUGAUACAAAAAGUCUCUGGCGGGGAGCAGCCGAUUCCUCUCUGGAAUGAACACGAUGGGACAGCGGAUGGAGAGAAGCCUAAGAUUCUACUCUAUUCCCUCAACUUGCAGUUUAAGGGUAUUCAAGUCACAGCUACAACUCCAUCAAUGAGAGCUGUGAGAUUUGAAACUGGAUUGAUUGAACUGGAACUUUCGAACCGACUUCAAACCAAAGCCUUACCAGGAAGCAGCAGCUACCUGAAACUAUUUGGUAAAUGCCAAGUGGAUUUGAAUUUGGCAUUAGGACAAAUUGUCAAACAUCAGGUUUAUGAGGAAGCUGGUUCUGAUUUUCAUCAAGUUGCCUAUUUUAAAACAAGAAUUGGAUUAAGAAAUGCUCUCCGAGAAGAAAUCAGUGGCUCUUCAGAUAGGGAAGCUGUGCUUAUUACCUUGAAUAGACCGAUCGUGUAUGCGCAGCCGGUGGCCUUUGACAGAGCUGUGCUGUUUUGGCUGAACUAUAAGGCUGCCUAUGACAACUGGAAUGAACAACGAAUGGCUUUACAUAAGGACAUUCACAUGGCUACAAAGGAAGUAGUAGAUAUGCUCCCCGGAAUCCAGCAAACCUCUGCCCAGGCCUUCGGGACACUCUUUCUGCAACUCACUGUGAAUGAUCUGGGGAUUUGCCUGCCUAUCACAAGUGCUGUACAGUCCAAUCACAGCGGAGACCUGGACACUGGCUCUGCCUUGGUGCUGACCAUUGAAAGCACUCUCAUCACUGCUUGCUCUUCUGAGUCUCUGGUUAGUAAGGGGCAUUUCAAAAACUUCUGCAUCCGUUUUGCUGACGGCUUUGAAACAUCAUGGGAUGACUGGAAGCCAGAAAUCCGUGGGGAUCUAGUGAUGAAUGCCUGUGUGGUUCCUGAUGGCACCUAUGAAGUGUGUUCCCGGACUACAGGACAGGCAGCUGCUGAGAGCAGUAGUGCUGGGACCUGGACACUGAAUGUGCUGUGGAAAAUGUGUGGCAUCGAUGUGCAUAUGGACCCGAACAUUGGCAAAAGGCUGAACGCUCUGGGCAACACUCUGACCACACUGACUGGGGAGGAGGUCAUAGACGACAUGGCUGAUCUGAACUCCAUGAACAUCGGUGACCUGUCGGACGAGGACGAAGUGGACACUAUGUCUCCCACUGUCCACACUAGUUCAGAUGGAAGUUCAGUAAGUGGAGAUGGCCACAAGCUCACCUUUGGGCAGCGACUUGUAAAUCACCUGCUAGGCCUGACGCCCCCACACCAGCGCUAUUCUGUUCCUGCAGAGUAUUUGUGUGAGCCAGAGCAGGGGGGCUCCCCACAGUCAGGCCAGGCCCAUUUGAAAGUGUGCAGAGCUCACUCAUGGGGAAAUGAAGCUGUAGAAUAUCGAAGACAAGGAGCAUCUUGUAGCCAGCCGGGAGAUCUGAGAGGCAGAAAAAUGAUGAAGCGAAUAGUGGAUAUCAGAGAGCUGAAUGAACAAGCCAAAGUCAUAGACGAUCUUAAAAAAUUAGGUGCAAGUGAAGGAACCAUAAACCAAGAAAUUCAACGUUACCAACAAUUAGAAUCUGUUGCUGUGAAUGACAUUCGAAGAGAUGUUCGUAAAAAGUUACGGAGGUCCAGUAUGCGAGCUGCUUCCCUGAAGGAUAAGUGGGGAUUGGGUUACAAACCGAGUUACAACCGAUCGAAGACCAUUUCGGCCUCUGGAAGACCACCUCUUAAGCGAAUGGAAAGGGCAAGUUCUCGAGUAGGAGAGACUGAGGAGCUUCCAGAAAUCCGUGUGGAUGCAGCAUCUCCUGGGCCCAGAGUAACGUUCAAUAUCCAAGACACAUUUCCAGAGGAGACAGAACUGGACCUUUUGUCAGUCGCCGUCGAUGGUCCCUCCCAUUACUCAUCCGCCAGUGAAGGGUCCCAUUCCGUGUUCAGUUCUCCCAAAACUCCAGGUGUUACUUUCCAAUCUGAAGACAGCCGACGGGAUGACAGUUUGUCUUCUACAAGCGAAGAUUCUGAGAAGGAUGAAAAGGACGAAGAGCAUGAGAGAGAAAGGUUUUAUAUUUACAGGAAACCCUCCAGACAUACGUCUCGUAAAAAAGCCACAGGCUUUGCUGCUGUUCACCAGCUGUUCACAGAGCGUUGGCCCACAGCUCCCGUCAACCGGAGCCUCAAUGGCACAGCUACUGAGAGAAAUAUCGACUUUGAACUUGACAUACGGGUUGAAAUUGAUAGUGGAAAAUGUGUGCUUCACCCAACCACCCUCCUACAAGAACAUGAUGAUAUAAGCUUGAGGAGAAGUUAUGAUAGAAGUUCCAGGAGUUUAGAUCAAGAUUCUCCUUCAAAAAAGAAGUUUCAAACUAAUUAUGCUUCUACCACCCAUUUAAUGACUGGCAAGAAAGUCCCAUCAUCGCUGCAGACAAAGCCGAGUGAUUUGGAAACAACAGUCUUUUACAUCCCUGGAGUCGAUGUAAAGUUGCAUUACAACUCCAAGACACUAAAGACUGAAUCACCUAAUGCCUCCAGAGGGUCUUCCCUGCCAAGAACACUCUCUAAAGAGUCCAAGCUUUCUGGUAUGAAAGAUAGUGCCGCCUCUCCUCCUCCUUUAUCUUGCACUAUCCAGAGCAAGACUAACACCUUACUUCCUCCCCAGCCCCCACCUAUUCCCUCAGCCAAAGGAAAAGGAAGUGGAGGAAUCAAAACAGCCAAGUUAUAUGCCUGGGUAGCACUUCAGUCACUGCCAGAGGAAAUGGUGAUCAGUCCCUGCCUGUUAGACUUUCUAGAAAAGGCUCUGGAAACUAUCCCAAUCACACCAAUUGAGAGGAAUUACACAACUGUCAGCUCCCAAGAUGAAGACAUGGGGCAUUUUGAGAUUCCAGACCCUAUGGAAGAGUCAACAACAUCGUUAGUGUCUUCCUCCACAUCUGCUUACUCUUCCUUCCCGGUGGACGUCGUGGUCUAUGUCCGCGUGCAGCCCUCACAGAUCAAGUUCAGCUGUUUACCAGUAUCAAGAGUAGAAUGCAUGCUGAAGUUGCCAUCCCUGGACCUGGUGUUCUCUUCAAACCGGGGAGAACUGGAGACUUUAGGAACCACGUGUCCUGCCGAGACCUUGUCCUUUGGAGGUAAUGCCAAUCAGAGUGGAGCAAAGGCCUCUGUAGGCAAGACGGGAACCCCAGGUUCAUCAGGACUGGGCAGCCCUCUUGGCAGAAGUCGGCACAGCAGCAGUCAGUCAGAUCUGACCACUUCUAGCAGUAGUUCCUCCGGGCUGAGCUUCACUGCCUGCAUGUCUGACUUCUCCCUCUACGUGUUUCACCCUUACGGAGCUGGAAAACAGAAGAGUACUGUUUCUGGCCUCACGUCUGGGUCAGGAGGCUUAGGGAAUGUGGACGAAGACCCCACUUCAGUCACUGGUCGAAAAGACUCACUGAGUAUAAACCUUGAGUUUGUAAAAGUGAGUUUGUCUCGGAUAAGGCGUUCAGGAGGUGCUUCGUUUUUUGAAAAUCAGUCUGUAAAUAAGUCUGCAAGCAAAAUGGACACCACACUAAUAAAUAUAUCUGCUGUUUGUGACAUAGGUUCUGCUUCCUUUAAAUAUGAUAUGCGCCGGCUCAGUGAAAUUCUGGCAUUUCCAAGAGCCUGGUACAGGAGAAGUAUUGCAAGACGUCUCUUCCUUGGAGACCAAACUAUAAAUUUGCCAACGUCUGGCCCAGGGACACCUGAUUCCAUCGAAGGGGUGAGCCAACAUCUUUCCCCGGAAUCAUCAAGAAAAGCUUACUGCAGGACCUGGGAGCAGCCUAGUCAGUCAGCCUCCUUCACCCACAUGCCUCAGUCGCCCAAUGUGUUCACUGAGCACAUGACAAACAGCACCAUGUCACCAGGGACAGUGGCACAGAGCCUGAAGUCCCCAGCUUCCAUAAGAUCCAGGAGUGUAUCGGAUUCUUCAGUUCCCCGAAGAGACUCACUUUCAAAAACAUCAACUCCUUUUAACAAAUCCAACAAAGCAGCAAGUCAACAAGGGACUCCAUGGGAAACACUUGUCGUGUUUGCUAUCAACUUGAAGCAAUUAAACGUCCAAAUGAAUAUGAGUAAUGUAAUGGGAAAUACAACUUGGACAACGAGUGGUUUGAAGAGCCAGGGCCGCCUGUCAGUAGGAAGCAACCGUGACCGAGAGAUCAGCAUGUCCGUGGGGCUGGGAAGAUCCCAGUUAGACUCUAAGGGAGGGGUUGUUGGAGGGACCAUCGAUGUCAAUGCACUGGAGAUGGUUGCUCAUAUUUCUGAACAUCCGAAUCAGCAGCCCAGUCACAAAAUUCAGAUCACGAUGGGCUCCACUGAGGCCCGCGUGGACUACAUGGGCUCCAGCAUCCUCAUGGGCAUCUUCAGCAAUGCUGACCUCAAGCUGCAGGACGAGUGGAAGGUGAAUCUGUGCAGUGCCUUGGAUUCAAGCAUAAGUGAUAAAAGUGAAAUUUUUGUCCAUGGAGAUUUGAAGUGGGAUAUUUUCCAAGUAAUGAUAUCAAGAUCAACCACACCAGACCUGAUAAAAAUAGGAAUGAAGCUCCAGGAAUUUUUCACGCAACAGUUUGAUACCAGCAAACGAGCUCUGUCUACCUGGGGACCAGUUCCUUAUCUUCCACCUAAGACAGUGACGAAUAUCCUAGAGAAAAGUUCACAAGAGCAGUUGCUGGACGCCGCCCACCAUCGACACUGGCCUGGAGUACUGAAGGUGGUGUCGGGAUGCCACAUAUCCUUAUUCCAGAUCCCAUUACCAGAAGAUGGAAUGCAGUUUGGAGGAUCGAUGAGCUUACAUGGAAACCACAUGACACUAGCUUGUUUCCAUGGUCCAAAUUUCCGUUCAAAAUCCUGGGCCCUUUUUCACCUAGAAGAACCAAAUAUUGCUUUUUGGACUGAAGCUCAGAAGAUCUGGGAGGAUGGCUCUAGUGAUCAUUCUACAUAUGUUGUACAAACAUUGGAUUUUCAUCUGGGCCAUAAUACCAUGGUUACCAAACCAUGUGGCGCUUUGGAAAGUCCUAUGGCAACAAUAACCAAGAUAACAAGGCGUCGCCAUGAAAACCCACCCCAUGGAGUAGCGAGUGUGAAAGAAUGGUUCCAUUAUGUUACAGCCACAAGAAAUGAAGAGCUAAACCUACUUCGUAACGUUGAUGCUAAUAACACCGAGAAUAGCACUACUGUGAAGAAUUCCAGUUUGUUGAGUGGAUUCAGAGGAGGUUCUAGUUACAAUCAUGAAACAGAGACUAUCUUUGCAUUACCAAGGAUGCAGCUUGACUUUAAAUCUAUUCAUGUUCAAGAACCACAGGAACCUUCAUUACAGGAUGCCAGCCUGAAGCCGAAGGUAGAAUGUAGUGUGGUGACAGAGUUCACUGACCACAUUUGUGUGACUAUGGAUGCUGAGCUCAUCAUGUUUCUCCAUGAUUUAGUGUCGGCUUAUCUUAAAGAGAAAGAAAAGGCCAUUUUUCCACCUCGGAUUUUAUCUACUCGACCAGGACAGAAAAGUCCAGUCAUUAUACAUGAUGACAACUCCUCUGACAAAGACAGAGAAGACAGCAUCAGUUACACCACUGUGGACUGGAGAGAUUUUAUGUGCAACACGUGGCAUCUAGAGCCCACUCUUAGAUUAAUUUCUUGGACUGGAAGAAAGAUUGAUCCAGUAGGCGUUGAUUAUAUUCUUCAAAAAUUGGGCUUUCAUCAUGCCAGGACUACUAUUCCUAAAUGGCUUCAAAGAGGAGUCAUGGACCCACUGGACAAGGUUCUGUCAGUUCUUAUAAAAAAACUUGGUACUGCACUACAGGAUGAGAAAGAAAAGAAAGGAAAAGACAAAGAAGAACACUAAAAAGUAACUUGAUCUGUGAACAAAUUAUUACACCGGAGUGCUUUUUUGUAUAUUAAAGUUAUUUUAAAUAUGACUUUAAAAUAAUUCUAAUUUUAUGGCCAUUAUGUUGAAGGUUUGUAAGUUAACCUGUUUGUUCUAGUUCCACCAUUCUGUAUACAGUGAAAUAUAUUGCAUGAUAAUGUAAAUUUUGUGAAAAACUAGAUUAAAAUAUAUAUCUACUCAGUAGGGUUUGUAAUUGUUAUGUGCAAUAUGAUUCCUGCAUCCUAAAAUAUUUUCAGAAUAACUGUGAAUUUCCUGUUAUUGGCCAUACUUUUUGAAAAAAUCUUGUUCAUAAUGUGAUUAUUUUGGUCAUUAAUUGCUUUUUCUUUUUAAAAAUGUAGACUUGUAUAAAUACCUAUUUGUAUAUAGUUUGAGUAAUUGUGAUAUGAUUAAAUACCACUAAAGUAUUGUUUGUAACUAUUGUAAUAAAGUCACAAUAAUUGGUUUCAGUCUGUA